AUGGAGUCCUGGAAGACAGCGGUAAAACUUUCCUCUUCCCUAACUUCGAAAGAAGAUACAUUUUACGGGUGGUUCUAUAUUUCAGACCAUGUCGCAAAACUGCAUCAAGCCGUAUUCGAGGAGUAUUAUCGCAAGAGAAUGGAAGACUUGAAGGAUGAAAAGGCUGAAAUUGAUACUGAUAAACUUGUCCAAGAAGCAAAGGUUUCCCAGGUUCGUUUUAGCCAUGAGUGUACGACUAUUUACAGGAUGCAGAACUGUAUACCAUGGACCAAGUCUUACGGGCAAAAUUUCAUUCCACAGACUGAAUCUGUCAAUAUUUCUGCGAAUGAGGAUGUUGUCGAUCCUUUUCUCUGCAAGAGUGAUUUGUGUAAAAAAACAAGUUCUUACAAAACGUGUUCUUGCACACUUGAUGUUUCUGAAUCAGAAGAGACAUGUCAGGAUGACGAAUUCGUCGUUGGACACUCGUUAGAGUCUGGCGCUGCAGGUAUUGAAGAUGAAGAUCACGAAGCAGCUGCAAACAGUGUUCAGGAUGAAAUUGUCGAUCGCAAAUCCCAUGGAGAGGAUUCUAGUGAUGUUCUGGAGGCUCCAGUGGUGCGUGUUGUGAGGAGGCCAAAAUGCACUAGCCGGACUGUUUCACAAGCAGUCAAACGAUCAUCAGACAUCGGCAGCUUAUCAGAUAUCGCUCUGAGGUUGACCAAUCAUCAUACCACAACAGAUCUAACUCGAGCCUCGAGCAGAGUUGUCAGUGUUGAGACAAAGAGCAAAGAAGAAAUAAACACCAAGAGAGACGCAUGGAAUAACGUAGAAAUAAUUGAAAUAAUCAAACGUCCGAACAGCUCACCGAGCAAAAAAGUUCCACGUGAAAUGGAGAAGAAAGUAGAGAAAACAAGGGAAACUCUGGUGCAGUUGAAAAGCAAGGGGGAAAUAACUUUCGAAAAUUGGAAAAAAGCAAAGACCAACACUUAUCAGCAAAUCAUCAGAGAAGAACAGAAGGUAAAACAUCUCAAGCAAGCCGCUGAGGCUAGGCAAAUGGAAAAAAGGGAGGCUGCGAGUCAGGCAUACCUAUACUGGCGAAGACAGCAAGAUGCUCGACAGAGGCGAUUGAUUAAUGCAAAGAAACGGGUGUUGGCGCAUAUAGAAUCCAAAAAAAUUCAGUCAAAUGAGAAACGUUCUGCCAAUUCCCAAGCUUUUAAAGUCUGGAAAAGGCAGAAGGACAUCAAACUGAGGGAAAGAAAAACGUACAUGAUGGCGUAUGGUCAACAACACACGCCGGAACAGCAGAUAAAGCCCCAAAAACCUAAGCCAGGUGCCCAUAUUGCUUUCAAUAUGUGGUUGGAUCAAUUGGACUGUGUGUUGCAUCAAAAGUAUUUGCGAGAACGACGUUAUCUUGUUCGAUCGUUCUACUGCCAGCCGGCUUAUUUUGGCACUGCGGCGUUAUGCACAAGAUAAUCUAUCCACACCACUAAUAAAGAAGAAACCUUUAUGUACCCAACAGACAUUGCUAGUUGUAAUAAGACGCACCUAUUUUAUUUCUAUCUUGAUAAAACAUUGGUUUCAUUUACACUUUUAUAACUAAUCAUAAAUCUUUGGUAAAGUAACACAGUACUUAAAAAAAAAAAAAAAAAACAGA